AUGGGAAGCGCAGUGUCCCAAAGCUCUCAAACAUCGGUUCGUACCAAGAGGAAACGUCCAAAACAACGAAGGAAGAAAGAUCUUCAAAAAACAUUAGAAGAAAUUUAUGGGGAUAUUCUCACGAAAGAGGAAAUCACUCAGUACUAUAAUUUAUAUUCAUCUCCGAAAUUAAUUGAGGAAUGCUUUUUUGAUUUUGAGACGUUGUAUGAAAAAUUGCUUGAUGAAAAUGGAGAGGUUCGGAAAUUGAAAGUCAAUCUUGCAGUGAUCAAUAUUCAAAAGUGGACAGAAAGCAAACUCAAAACCAUGGUGGUGUCCAAUGUAUUGAGGGUGAAAGAAGGAGAAACACUUGGAUUUGGUCUAGUACAUGUAGCUGUGCUGUUAGGUCAACAUAUCGUACAUUGGUUCGAUGAUGGACUCGUCCAUUUAACGCCCAUCAAAUCUGCCAAUCCCAACGUAGCUAUAGAACUUGGAGAAUUGGAUAUUGAGGAAAAGUGUGACCAGGACAAAAUCAAACAAUUUUGCUACGUGAUUUCAGAGUACAACACUAAAAUGGUGUACAAUAAUAGAAGUUGCAACUGUCAUCAUUUCGUAAGAGACUGCAUUAAUGCCCUGGAUCUGGAGUUUUCAUCUAUCAUGAAAGGUCAAUUAGGAUCCUACUUGCGAAGGGUAAGAAAUGGAAAGUUGAUCAAUGAGAGAGAGUUCAAAAAUCCUAUCACAAGCGAGAAAAUAGUCUUCACGUCGCAUAGACAUCUUGAUGAAUAUGUUUCACACCUUCUCUCGAAACACCCCAAGUUCAAAGAGGAGCAUCCCUAUGAUUACCGAUUACUAAAAGCAUUUGACCGAGGUUAUUGGAUGGGCCAUUUACGAGAUCGACAUGAGAAUGCAAAACCAGAGAAUGAAGAUGCAACGCCUGUUUGGAAUGAAAUGUUUCUUCCUCUAUUUCGUGUAGAUCCAACGAUGCAUACUCAUGGCGGCAACGAUAAAAAGAUGGUCGAGUUUGAAUUAGACGAAAUUGAUAACGAUCACUCGAAGCGAGAGCAUUAUUAUUCGGUAGUGGCAUGUCCCUUUGGAGACCCUGCUCAUACUGGUUGUUUUUUACCCUUAGAUUAA